UAGUACAUAUUUCAAACUUGACCUGUUUUUUGUGCUUACAUGGUCAAACGCUAUAGGCUGCUUUAAAUUAUAUACUGUAAUAGUAACAGAAGAUUGAGCUGUUCCUGAAACAACGACAUAUCUAGUACCGUUGCAUAUCAAUUCAUCAGAUUUGGUGCAUAUUCGGAUUUGGUAAAAAGUUCAUUUUAGCCCUUGCAUCUAGGGUCGUGUGCGUCAGUCCAGAGAAAGGCGGCGCGAUAUAAUCGCAUGCGGCGUUGAUGGCACAGAGCAUUGGCGACCCAUGCACUAAUAUCAGUCCAGAUGCAUCUGAAAGGACCAAACAACUCAGCGUCUCAAGUGUUUCGGGUCCUCCUGUUCUGAACUCAAAUAACCACAAACGAGCGAAUUUACAGGGCAUCGGAUUUAUUUCACUGCGGGAACCAAAGCAGCUCCUUCAAUCAAUCUACCAGGCGUGAGAUGACAAAGUGAAUGCAGCUGGAGAUGUCUCAAAAGAAGAUAUUUCUAGUAUUAAUAGCCAUCAGCACUGUCAGCCUGCUUCUGCACCAUGGGGGUCACUUGAACUUAACAUUGGAGGCUUUCUGGUUGGGGUGUCCAUCCUCCAUGCUUUCCUUUGCCCAGGGCAGUAGUGGUCCUUCUCCUAAACACACCAGUGUAGCCUUCUUGAAGACGCACAAAACAGCCAGCUCCACUGUGCAGAACAUGCUCUUCCGCUUUGCUGAACGUAACAACCUCACCGUGGCGCUGCCCAUUACCACCUGUGACCAUCAAUUCUGCUAUCCUCGGCCCUUCAGUGCCCACUUCGCACACCUACAUACAACACCUCCGGACAUCAUCACCAAUCACUUACGGUUCAGCCGGGCUGAGCUACGACGGCUCAUGCCCAACAACACGGUAUACAUAACAAUAUUGCGAGAACCAGGAGCCAUGUUUGAGUCUCUGUUUAGUUACUAUAAUCAAUACUGUCUUAGCUUUAAACGCGUUCCAAAUGGCUCUUUAGAAACUUUUCUGGACCAUCCAUGGAGCUACUAUCGUCCAGAAGAGAAGGAUUCGAUGUACGCAAGAAAUACACUGACCUUUGACCUAGGUGGUGACAAGGACCGUCCGUCGUCAGAAGCGCCGGCGUAUGCAAAGCGGUUUGCCGCGGAGGUGGAGCGAGUUUUCUCGUUGGUUAUGAUAGCAGAACACUUUGACGAGUCGCUAGUGCUACUACGUCGCUUGUUGUCGUGGGACCUUGACGACGUUCUGUAUGUCAGUCUUAACAUGCGGACCACCGACUCUAAAAGCAGCCUUUCCAAUGAAAUUACAACCAAAAUCAGAGCCUGGAAUGCCAUAGACUCUGUACUGUACGAUCACUUCAAUGCCUCAUUGUGGAGGCAAAUAAGAGCAUUGGGACUAGCAUGCGUCGAGCGGGAAGUCCAGCUGUUGCGUCAAUCCCGGGAUCGACUUGUACGUGGCUGCUUCGGUGGACAUUUGCCACCCCUUCGCUCGGCUUCUCAGAUCACAAAUAAGGAAUUACGACCCUGGCAGCCGAGCGCCAAGGUGACAAUUGUUGGGUAUGAUUUACCAGUCAACGUAACAAACAAAGGCCACGUUCCUCCGCGAGAUGACUGUUUAAAGAUGAUAAUGCCAGAAGUGCAGUAUACACGGCUGUUACUCCGAUCAGAGUCUCUGCAUUAUCGGAAGCGAUUUCUGCGGAACUCCCAGCAGUCUGGACACGCCUCAGGACAGGUUCGGGUGCAUAAAGAGUCUCCGAGUUUGCUACCGCGACCGUCAGGGACUAUGGCUCGGAGCACCAGAGGGGCAAUGACCAGCAUAAAAGGAUAGUUAAACUGUGUUUAUUCCUCUCUUGAGUUGGACUGCAGGUAGAUUUCCAUGAGAUUAUUGGUCAUACCUCAUCUGUAUGGCAUGAAUAUAUUCAAAAAUAUUCUCAUUGCAUAAAAGCAACAUGGAACAUCUCUUAAUUUAAAAAGACCAUUUCUGCUUAAUUAUUCCAUCGUAUUUAAGCCACUGUGUUUUUAAUACACUGACACCAACAGUCUCAGAACACGGGGUUUAGAUGGUUUCUAGCUGGUCUAAAUGGUUGAUCAGUUAUUUUACCAGCUGAUGGGGGGAGGGGGGUGAUGCUGACUUUACGGACCAUUUUAGUCAAGCUGGUUUGACCCUUACCAGCAACAAACAAGCUAUCUGACCUUGAGCCAUUGUCUACUGGUAUACUGUAGAAGAUUUUUGUUUGUAUUCCAGGCCUCUGGUAAUAGAAGACUUACACCUGAGUAAGUGCACCUUGUAAUAGAUGCUGAGACUGCACCUGAGCCAUAAGACACAUAUAUGUGGGUGGCAUCGUGUGUCGGUGAUGAAUCAACUUUCUCAACGGACCAAAUUUUAUUUUUACCCUCUCCUUGGGCAGUGCUUGAGUUACAAAGCUUGACAUUUAAAACACUCAUCCUUUACUAGAUGCCGAGAAUAAGUGAUGAACGAAAUACAUGGGCAAUGAAGAGUUACUCUGAUAAGUUUUCUUUUGUUCUUAAGUGUUCUCAGUUUUGGGGAUUAUGCUUUAUGGUGCAGUGUGGUUGUGUUGCAAAUAUGUCAUGUUUAUUGUUUAUAUUAGGAAACAAAACUCUACAUUGUUAGCAAGAAUCAAACUUAAUUUCGAUCUAUAGGAGCAACCAAUACGGAGACGUAUUGUACGUUAAACAAUGGCAAAAUUGAGGUCAGUUUGGGAAGCCGGUUGUUAUUUUUGCUAAUCUGUUUGAUGGUUUAGAAAAUACACACUGUUGUUUGAAAUCUGAAACAUUUGCAGUCACAUAUGUCUCAAGUAUGUCGCUGGCCUAACCUCCGACAAUGUGAUCUGAAGAGUUGCAUCGGUGAAAUGUAAAACCAUAGUCAAGGUUGAAAAUGUUAAGUUGGCUAUUUGACUUUGAUGUACUCUACAACAUUACAUCACUUUCAGUGAAGCAACCAAAUAGAAACUGAAUACCUCACAGCCUCUAGAACAUAUAUUUUAUUUUCUAAUACAGAUUUUUUGCCAUCCAACACCUUUGCUGGAAGGUUUCUUGAGAAACAUGAGGAACACCAAGAACAUGGACAAGCUUGCUGCUUUCAUACAAACGUUCCUGCAAUAAGAAUAUCACUAAUUCCACCACUCUUUGUCCUAAAGCGAUCUUAUUCUGUUAUCCUGAGUGAAGAAGACAUUUUUUAUACAUCAUCAUUUGAUAAAAGAUCUCGCUGGCAUAUUUUUAAUAAAGCCAUAUUGUAUUUUAGUGAAAUUUGUGUUUUUGAGCAAUAUAGCAAUGGUAUGCAAUUCUACUGGGUACCGUAAUGUAAUUACUAGUCUGAUUUGUAGAUUACAAAUAAAGGAACAUAGAUCAAAGUGACAACAAGCACUUUAAAAUGGUUAUCCUCCCAUGAAUCAGCUUCAAUCUUUCCAGGUGGUCUAGAAGAUGCCCGAGACAUAAUAUAGUCUGGAAUCUUAUUGACAUGGAUCUCUGUUGUUAACCAUUAAGCCACACAAAUGCUGACUUGAACUUGACUUGAAAAUUUAAUUUUGCCAUCAUUUACUCACCCUCGUAUCAUUCUAAAUCUCUGUGACUGACGGACUUAUGCAGAACACAACUAAUAUUUAAAAAAACAUUAGUGUAACAAGGUUCAAUUAAAAGGAAGGAAGGAGACGGGAACCCCCUACGGACGACUGCCGGCGAAUAAAACAAACCACAACAUAAAGCCAGACCUGGUCCUCUCUCAUCGACGGUCCGGUCGCUCGUUCUCUUAUGCUCCCGAUCUCCUCCGUGAUACGAGACCGGUGCGCGCACAGCUGACGCUCAUUAACACUCACUCACCGGCCUCGACUCACGGUCUCGCCCCGCCUUCUCCACUACAAUUGGUAACCAAACAACAUUUUGGCACCCAUUGAUUUCCAUUGUAUGGGCACAAAAUUGACAGAAGAGUACAAGUUUUGAUUGACAUGAUGAUGAAUAAAUGAUGACGAAAUUUAGACCGCUCUUUUCCAACAAUUAUCGAACUACAAUACAUGUCCUAUCACACAUUAAAUUGUUCUUCACAACAAAGAGUACGUAGCAUUUUUUUGGAAAGCAUUUUGAGGUGGUUAUUGUAGAAGUGACCUAUUUAUACUCUACGGACAAAAAAACACCUUGAGAGAGAUUGGAGAUUUGUGUAUGAGUAUUUCAAUUACUUUCACAAUUAAAAUACUCAUUACCAUGCCUACACAGAAUCUUUUGUGAUUCACAAAAUGUAUAUCUCCAACCCAUCUCCAUGUGUGUUUAAGUAUUUUGGGUAAUUUUGAUAGUGUUUAUAUACAGUACAUAGCAAUAUGAACUUAAUCUAAAAUUCCAUUUUGUUCCAAUCCAUUUUGAAGAAUUUCACAGAUUUUCCUCAGAAGAGCAGAGCAUGUCUACAGCUUCCAAUUGGGCUUGUCCAUUAGGUAUUUAGUAGUGUAAAUAUAAUGCAUUUCAGUUUCAUGAAAAAGGAACAAAAGAUUUCUAGCUAAAAGUUUUAUGAUGAAGAGCAAUCUCAUUUUUUGUCCUUGUUUGAGUAAUAACGCAGGUAGAUAAUUUGGAGAACAACAAUUAGGUGUGUUUUUAUCUUUUAAUGUGAUACAAAAACAGAAUUACAAGUGAUUUUCUUAAUUUACUGUAUACAAAGGAAAAAUUUAAAAGCUGCUGUACUGUAUAUUGAAAUAGUGUGAACAUUUUGAAGACUGUAAAGACAGAAUGAGAUUUAUUCUGUGAAGCAUUGGGCUUUUCUGUGUAUGAAACUGGCUACAUGUUGUAUGUUAAAAUGACACUACUUUCUGUUCCAUCAAAUGUAUUAUUUUACUUAUAUCUCAAAUGUAUUUAUUUAACUGCUACAUUAAGUAAUCUUUUUAAAUCUGUUUAGGGGCUUUGAAUUUAAUGCUUCUGACAAUCUCAGUUUGGCUUCUUAAGCCGUGUGAAGAGGAA